AUGGUCAAAGAAACCACACUUUACGACCAGCUGGGCGUAAAGCCCAACGCAUCGCAAGAUGAAAUCAAAAAGGGCUACAGGAAAGCCGCACUCAAGUGGCACCCCGACAAGAACAAGGACAACCCGGACGCCGCUGAGAAGUUUAAGGAGUGCUCACAAGCCUACGAGAUCCUCUCCGACCCCGAGAAGCGCAAGACCUACGACGACUACGGCCUCGAGUUCAUUCUCCGUGGUGGAGGCGCACCUCCUCCCGACGCCGGUGGCGCGAACCCCUUCGCCGGCGCCGGUGGAAUGCCUGGCGGCUUCAACUUUGGGUCAGGAGGCAUGCCUGGCGGCGGCGGCGGCGGCGCUCGCUCGUUCCACUUCAGCACGGGCGGUGACGGCGGCGGAUUCCGCUUCAGCUCUGCUGAUGACGUAUUUGCCGAGUUCAUGCGCUCUGGAGCCGCAGGUGGAAUGGGCGGCGGCGGCGGCGGUGCUGCCGGCAUGGAAGACUUCGCUGACAUCUUUUCGUCAUUUGGAGGCGGCGGCAUGCCCCGUUCGAGCGGUGGCCGGUCAGCGCGCAUGCGGACCAACAGCGGCUUUGCGGAUGGACCGCGCCCGAGAGAUUCGACGCCUGAGGUCACGACAGUCGAGAGACCGCUGCCGCUCACGCUGGAAGAGCUGUACCGCGGCGUAACGAAGAAGAUGAAGAUCAAGCGCAAGACGUUUGAUGAUUCGGGCAAGAGGACUACGACGGACCAAGUCCUCGAGGUGCCUAUCAAGCCCGGUCUGAAGAAGGGCAGCAAGAUCAAGUUCAAGGGUGUUGGUGACCAAGAGGAGGGCGGCCAGCAAGAUUUGCACUUCAUCUUGGAAGAGAAACCUCACCCCCUCUUCGCCCGUGAAGACAACGACCUGGUCCACACUGUGGAGCUGGAUCUGAAGGAGGCCCUUACGGGCUGGAAGCGCACCGUCACAACCAUCGAUGGCAAGCAGCUGAACAUUGAGAAGAACGGUCCGACGCAGCCCGGCAGCUCCGACAGGUAUCCCGGUCUCGGCAUGCCCAUCUCCAAGAAGCCGGGCACGAGGGGUGACUUCGUCAUUAAGUAUAACGUCAAGUUCCCCACGAGCCUGACGGCGGCGCAAAAGCAGAAGUUGAGGGAGAUUUUGUAA